AAGACAUUUGCAAAAUAUUUAUUCAAUUGAUUCAAUGAAAUGAAAAACAAAUGAUUCAAAUCGAUGGAGAAAAUAACAAAUCGUGAUUUAUAUUUCCGGGAUUUCAUCGAGUUUAAAGAUUUGGUCAAAUUAAAUGACAAACUCGUGGCCGACCUGCGAGAACAUCCCUAUUUCUGCGAUGAUAUGACUAAAGUGGUCGAGAAAUUAGCGACGGAUAGCGAAAAGUUGGUAUUCAUAUUGGUUUGGUUCACGCGAUCGCGCAGUACUUGCGGUGAAUUCAUACGACUAUUGGCCGAAUCGGGUCAGAAAGAGACCGCUCAACGACUCCUAACAUAUAAUACAUCCAAAGGACAUAACGUUGAGUCCGGGUUUAGGAUUUGUCCCGAAAUAGAAGUACAGAAAGCGAGGGCUCCAAUGCAGGGAAGUCUGUACUAUAAAAUGGACCAAGAGCCCAGAGGAAAGUGUAUUAUACUAAACAAUGUGGCGAAAGAGUGUUACAUGGAGUCCAAGAGAUUUCAAUACAUCUUUGAAAAACUGCACUUUCAAGUGAUCGAGUGUUACGAUUGGACCGCAAAACAAAUGGUCAUUAAUUUGAAAGAAAUCAUUGAAAAAGAAAAAUCGUGUCAAGCAUUGGUUGUUAUGAUUAUAAGCCAUGGAUCAGACGAGAAGAUAAUGGGUUACAAUGCGUGCGACGCGAUGAGGGUAUUGGGCGAUAACGCCAACGACACGGCAGCCAAAAGAGCGCUCGACACCGAUGUGGUCGACAUCAGAGAUAUUGUGGAUCUCUGUUCGGUUCAGAAUUGUCCGGAACUGAGGAAUAUUCCCAAACUAUUCUUCUUUACGUGUUGUAGAAAUUCGCUGAAGAGCGAAACGUGUGGCGAACGGAAAGUGAAGGGCAAGGAUUUGGCCAUACCUUUCAUCGAAGUGGCCGCACAUCCUGACAGACAUUUUCCGGAUAUGCAGUCAUUAGACAAGCAAUGGGUGGACAACAAUUUGGAUACAUUUAUAUGCUAUUCCUGUGCUGAAGGACAUAAAACUUUUUACGACGAGGAAUAUGGUAUCAGUCACUUCGGACAGGCCUUCAGCCAUACAAUAGCUCAAUACGCGUGCGAAGAGACGCUGACAUCAAUAAUGAGCAGGACGUGUGAUUUUCUGCAGCUCUUCGUCGAGCAGACGGAAGCAAAUCCGCCGGAGUUUAGGGAACAUCCCUAUUUCUGCGAUGACAUGAACAAAGUGGUCAAGAAUUUAGAGAGUGAUAGCGAAAAAGUGGUCUUCAUUUUGGUUGCGUUCACUCGUUCUCGCAGUGCUUGCAGUGAAUUCAUACGACUAUUGCGUGAAUCGGGUCAGAGAGAGGCCGCAGACAUACUCCUUGAAUAUAAUGCACCCAAAAUACCUAAUACGGAGUUCAGGGUUUGUCACGAAAUACCAUUUUACGAGUCUAAAGCUCCAAUGAUGGGAAGUCUUUACUAUAAUAUGGAUCAAAAGCCGAGAGGAAAGUGUAUUAUACUAAACAAUGUGUCAAAUGAGUUGUAUAUGGAGUCCAAGAGAUUUCAAUACAUAUUUGAAAAACUGCACUUUCAAGUGAAAAAGUGUUACAAUUGGACCGCAAAACAAAUUACCACUAAUUUGAGAGAAAUCAUUGAAGAAGAGGACAAAUCGUGUCAAGCAUUAGUUGUUAUGAUUAUAAGCCAUGGAUUAGAAGAGAAGAUAAUGGGUUCGGACGCGUGCGACGCGAUGAGGGUAUUGGGAGAUAACGCCAACGACACGGCAGCCAAACGAGUGCUCGACACCGAUGUGGUCGACAUCAGAGAUAUUGUGGAUCUCUGUUCGGUUCAGAAUUGUCCGGAUCUGAGAAAUAUUCCCAAACUAUUCUUCUUUACGUGUUGUAGAAAUUCGUUAACAAGCGAAACGUAUGGCGAACUCAUAAAUGGCAAACCUAUGGUCGAAGUGGCCGCACAUCCCGACAGAGAUUUCCCUGUUAUGCAGACAUUAGACCGGCAUUGGAUGGACAACAAUAUGGAUACGUUUAUAUGUUAUUCCUGUUCCGAAGGACAUAAAACGUUUUACGACGAGGAAUAUGGUAUCAGUCACUUCGGACAGGCCUUCAGCCAUACGUUAGCUCAAUACGCGUGCGAAGAGACGCUGACAUCAAUAAUGAGCAGAACUUAUGAUUUUCUGCAACUCUUCAAAGAGCAGAUGGACUCAAAUCCUCCGGAGUUUAAAGUGAAAGGACUUCGACGAAAACUUUGCUUUAAUCCAUAA